AUGGUUCAUGUCAAGUGGGGCAGAGACGUACUACAUUUCCUAGUGCCACCUCUUAGCACAACGCUGGGCAAGCUCAGAGCUGAUAUCGCGGAGUAUACACACCUUCCUCCAUCAUCAUUCAAGCUGGUUCACGCUGGCGCAGUCAUGAAUGACGACCAUGCCCCUCUGUCCGCGUACAACAUCCGCGAAAAUUCUACGAUCGCGCUGAUCGGGGGUCACACAUCAGCACAAACCCCCGCUCCACAUGCACGGCCGUCCAGAUCUAACGAGCCACCGACGGAGCAGGGCACGAUCAGUACCAUACGUGCUGAGUUGGACCGUGUACGCUCAACGCUAGUUCCAGAUGUGGAUGCAUUUGUUCUCGCCUGUUUGGGUUCACUGGCCACUGCGCCUCACCCAAGCACAUUCGUCGCUCCCGUACAAACGCCUACGCCUGGAAGAUUACCGGCAUUCUCUGAUAGCGUGCCAUCGCAGGUGCCGACGUCCCUUGACCAUAGCCGUCUGUCAGAGCUGCUCCUACAAUCCCUCUUGCGCCUCGAUGCUCUCCACCUGCCUGGUGCUGACUGGCCUGAUGCUAGACAGCAGCGCAAGGCUGCGGUGCGCGAAGUUCAGAGUGUUCUGGAUCGUCUCGACAAUGCUUGGGCGUCGAGAUGA